AUGCAAAUUGAGAGUCAGCAGCUGUUAAGUUUAUUGUCAGGCUUGUUUUAUUGGACUCUGUUUAGUACUCUGGAGCAGACAGUGAAGUGCAGACUAUGAGCUAGCUGAUAGUUUCAUUGUGGCCAUUGGUCUACCAACCCAGAUCAUACAUACAAAACACUUCGUGAAGCGUCACUCAUCGUUUAAUAUCGCACGCCUGCGGAAUACACUAAGAAGUCGAUCUGUCAACUUCAUUCAUAAAUGUAGCAGGUUUGUAUUCGAAUGCGCUUCGAGAGCUAGGAGGGAAUUUCAGGUACAAUAGAUCUACUUUAUGAUUUUGGUUACGUACGUAGGUGUCGAUGGUUCCGAAAUACACGGAAUAGACUAUUGGAAGGUUUGUUUCUUCAGUCAAAUGAUGUUCCUCCGACAACAUGAUGCAACUUAUUAUUAAUUUAUUUACAGUACUCUUAGCUGGUGUUACUUCAACGUCUGCAGAAAACAUCAUAGAUGCAAGUAAGUCAAUACUUUAUUACCCCAAGUAUUCUGCCAACAUUUCCGCUUGGUUGCUCCGUAUAUUGCACAAGUUGUUUCCAUGCUGGUUGUUCUUUGACGUACGUCUAAAUGCAUCGCAUACUGGUUUGGUUGAAGUGAUGCUUGAUGGUAACUGGAGUUAUGUAUGUGGGGAUGCCUGGACUUGUCUUGAAGCUGUGGCCGUCUGUACAAGUCUUGAUUUUGGCGUAACCGAGUUAGCGUAUACCGAUUAUAUUCCACGCUCAAAUAUAUCAGUUAAUGCUACAGUAAAAUGUCCAUCCCCGGAUCAUUGCAUUGUAACGCCUUUAAACGCAUCGACCACGUGUAGUCAUUUAGCGGGAGUUGUAUGCAGUUAUUCUACUACAGAUUGCAAACUUUAUCAAACAAAUAAGGAGUAUAGGUAUCGAUAUAAUCUACCACGUUUACCUAAAUGUGCCACUCGUUUUGAGUUCUCCGUCAAAGCAUCAAAUGACGUACACAUCGCACUGUCGGCAGAAAAUGAAAAUCUCACCCCAAUGUACGAAAUCGUCAUAGGAGGAUGGAACAACAAGAAGUCGGUCAUUAGACGAUGCCAACAAUGUGAAAACCGUACUUUGUAUGAAAAAAGUCUCGGCUUUCUGAACCAAAAUAGGUAUAACCAAUUCUGGAUCCGGUUCGUUAAUGGUGAAAUUGCGGUGGGAUAUAUCGGAGACCGCGCUUUUAUGACGUAUAAGGAUCCUAACCCACUUGAUAUCAACUACGUGGGUUAUAGCACAGGUUGGGGAAGUACUGGAAACUUUGAAUUCUGUGGCAUAGGUGGUGGUAAUUCAAUGUUUACUGAAGAUAUCAUAGGUGAACUACGUUUGGUUGAAUCAAAUGCUACUGGUUUGGUUGAAGUGCAGUAUGAUGGUAAUUGGAGUUAUAUAUGUGGGGACGCCUGGACUUAUCUUGAAGCUGUGGCCGUCUGUAGAGAUCUCGGAUUUUUUGCGGCUGAGCAGGAAUAUGUAGAAGAUAUUACCGGGGAUAUUACGCAGUCUGAUAUGCCAGAAAUAUAUAUAUCAGAAAUUGCUAAAUUAGAGUGUGAAGGAAGCGAUAAUUUUCUUCAGCAUUGCAAUAUAACGCCUCCAAACGUAUCAAUCACGUGUCAGCAUAUUGCGGGAGUUGUAUGCAGUAAUCCUACGACAGAUCUACGAUUGGAAGGUGGCAAUGGGCCUCACGAAGGACGUGUCGAAGUUCUUAUUAAUGGAACGUGGGGAACAAUAUGUAAAGAUAACUGGGGGUUCCCGGACGGUUGGGUUGUAUGUCGCCAAUUUAGAUACUUGUACUUGGAUGCUUAUCAUGAUAGAUUCGGCGAAGGACGUGGACCAAUGCUGUUGACCAACAUGAGGUGUAACAGACAUAAUUACCGAUUGCUUGAAUGUAGUCAUACCAAAUUAACAUUUGAAAACUGCAGUGCGGGCACUAUUGCCACCGUUGUUUGUUCAAACGAACCCAUAGGUGGUUUUCGUCUGAACCAAAAUGGUUCAGUAAAUAACAUCUCAGGCAUUGUUGAGAUAGAAUACAAAGGAAUCUGGGGCGUAGUUGGAACUGCAGAUAAUUGGAAUAAUUGGAACGAAUUCGGUGGAGAAAUGGUUUGCAAAGAGCUUGGUCAUCCGUAUUCAAAUCACUCAAGUAUAAACUUAGAUUUGAAAUUAUAUAAGGUGAUGUGGCUGAAAUGGUUACGCUGUUACGAUUGGUCGGAUUCAUUUAGGACGUGUUAUACCUCUGGAAUGAAGAACUUCACAUCGUGCUACAAUAAUCCUCACAAAGCUUGCACAGUCGCAUACGUUGAGUGCGGAGUUUCAGUACACCCGAUAUCGACAACCACAACGGCUUCUAAAACCACGCUCGAGUCUUCAACCUCUAAAGAAGCUUACGUUCUUUUAGAAACAUCUACUGGUAGAAAUGUUAGUUCAUCUGUUGCUGGCAUUACUUCAAGUGAGAAUACAUCAACAGAGAAGUAUAUUUCAGUAUCGGAGCGUGACACGCCGGAAUAUUGUAAUAUUCCUCUUCUGUUGCGUUUCAAUUUAUAUUAUUCAUUGCAUUAUUCUGCUUGCUGUGUCUGGGGUUUUUCCCAUAUAUGCUGGUGCCACCCCUUGUUUGCAGGUUUGAGUUUCAUACCGCUGGCUAUAGUGACCAGGCCUAUACGAUAUACUUGCAGACCUAACCCCGAGAUUAGUGGAGAUAAGUUUAAGUUAGAAAUUAACUUACCAGGUACGAAAGCCAGAAAUGAAACUACAGACUAUAGUAAAGCUUUUGACCUCAUCGACCAUACUAUCAUUGUACAAAUAAGAAUAGAGACCAUUCCAUGGGUGUGUGAUUUCCUCACAAAUAGGGGCCAAAGGAUAACUCUUAAAGGAUGCUCUCUGAAUGGAAACCAAUUUCAUGUGGUGUUCCACAAGAGUGUCUGCAGACUUCAACAAAACAUUGUCAACAUGGAAAGAAAAAUUUUUCAAGAAAUUCUAGAAGAUUCUUUCGUAGCAACAACUGAUGAGUAUGUUGGCAUGGCAUUAAAAGUGAGUUCAGACAACAAAAGCAAGCAUUAUUUCUUACAUACUGAAGAUGGAGUUGUCACAUUCCAGCUAACUGAUUUACCUGUAGGCAAUGACGAGAUGACAGUAAUAGUUGCAAUGUUUGUAAUGUCUUUCAAUUUCACUGAAGAUAUAUCGAAUAUCAAGGAGUCGUUGAAAGAAAGAGACGAUAUUAACAACAGGGUGAAUACCUCUUACAGAUUCAUAAGUAAUGGUCUGUUUUCAUUGUCAGUGUUCAAUAUGUCCGGAGACAAUUUAAAUGUAGACAUUAGCGUUACGUUUGUACUUCCGACGCAUAAGGUUACAACAAUGUCAAACACUAAGAAAGAAAUUAUUUGUGUCUACCUUGCAGACGACGGAUUAUGGUCAGAUACUGGUUGCGUGUCACGUGGUAAUGAUACUUGCUACUGUAGUCACACCACUAGUUAUGCCAUUCUGAUGAAAACUACGUCAGGAAAGGGUGAAGACGUGGCGUUAUCAUGGAUAUCUAGAACAAGUAUUGGAAUUUCUUUGAUAGGACUUCUCGCAACUUUCAUAACAUACAGUUGCUUCAAAAAAUUCAGAAAAUCAACACGAGGUAUAAUACAUUGUAACUUUACUGCCAGCAUUAUGCUACUCCAAACUGUGUUUAUUUUCGGAAUCAACAAGACGGAAAAUGAGUAUGUGUGUAUGGCAGUGACUAUCGGUCUACAUACAGCCGCUUUGUCAACAUUUACAUGGAUGCUUGGCGAAGCAGUUUUCAUCGCUUUCAAAGUGUUGAGGACGACGCCGAGUACAUAUAACAAUAUCAAGUAUUAUCUGCUAGUUUGCUACAGCGUACCUGUUGUAAUCGUUGGUUUGACCUUAACUAUACGAACUUUGGAAUACAGAGAUCCGGAUAUCUGCUGGUUAAAUAGUAAGUAUGGACUCCGUUGGGCAUUCGUGUUUCCGGCCAUUGUCAUACUUCUGAUAAAUUGUGUUAUUCUUGGCAUGGUGGUAAAAUGCAUCUACAUCAGGUCAGAGUUCAACAACUCGUCUAUUCAUGAUUCAAGUAUGAAGAAAUCAUUAAAGGGUGCCUUGAUACUAAUUCCACUGUUUGGAAUUUCAUGGCUCAUUGGUCCAUUUUUCUCAGUUUCAUUCCUUAUGGAGUACCUGUUUUGUAUAAUAAAUGGAUUACAGGGAUUUUUCAUAUUCCUGAUCUACGUGGUUUUUGAUAAAGAGGCCAGCUUAAUGUGGAAAAAUGGAAUAAAAACGCCUAAUUCUAUCAGCAACGCAACAGAGGCACAAACAGCAUCUGGUUUGGUACAAACCAGCCAUAUCUGAGGACUGAAGUGAUGCUAAUAGCAGCUGGCAAGUUACCAACGCGACGACAUACGUUAUUGAUGAAAAAAUUACCACACUGAACACAUCAGAAUAGCGUGAGUGUGUUCACAUGGACACAAGUGCGAUGCUUUGUCGCGCGUGUUUUGAGAAAAAAAAACCAUACAAAUCUUUUCAUGUAGUAAGACCUAUAUCUACUAUUAUUACUAUGUAUACUUGCAGUCUCAAGAAGUAUUAUCCUUCUGCUUAGCAUAAUGGAAAAUUAUUAUGGGCUACACGAAAACAAAAUAGUUGCAAUUACAAUCUAUUGCAAGGUUCAACUUAAACAUAUCUGAUACAGAGAAUUACGCUAUAUUUAAACAGAAUGGAACUUUGUAUGUAUUUGUUUGGAUAUUCCAAUAAGCAUAUUUAAAACAAGAAUAUGUGUAAAUAAAGAUUUACAAUACACGGUCACGUGACAAAAUUAAUUUAUGUUUAUGAAACUGUUUAUUAAAACAUAAACAUUUUUUUACCCUAAUAUAUGACUAAUCAAACCAAGAAAGCGCUGGAUUGAUUGUGUCCGAGACGAUAGUAGAAUGGUUGAUCUGAGAAGAGUUGGUGACAGGGGAGAAUGGAAAGUAGUGUCAACACGACCUGACCCCCCCCCCCCC